AAUCAUCGUUGCCUCCUCUUGAGUUGUUGGAGAUUAGGCUUGUCUUAGAGCUGAUCUAUCAUUACCUCAAGUUGAGCAUGGUGUCUGCAGUACCAACAACAACAGGUAUGUGCUUCAAGAUUUUUCCUGUUCCUUUUUUUAUCACGUCAAUAACUCGAAAAACUACAUUGUUCGCCCUCUUUACCUUUCUGAUAUAUGGUCAGAAUAUCAGCAUCAUGUCGAUGUCGGCAUCUUCGGCUCCUAGCCAUUUUGCAGCCGCAACUGCAACUCCCGCAACUGCAAGAGGGGAAGCGGCUGGGGGCUCGGGUUCUUCGUCUCCCUCGAGAGCAACACACACUCUGAGCCUCAACAUUCUGAAUUUCGAUUGCAAACCAGUGAAGGAAUCGAAGAUUACCAUUGGAAGAGGAGCACCUGUUCUGUCAGCUGAAAAGAAGGCGCCAGAGUUCCUACAAAAGUCCUCUCAGAGCAGUAGCAUUAAGAGUCGUCUGACAUUUUUGCAUUCUUCACUACCAUCCUUCGCUCGUUUUCGAGUAGGACAAAAAGGGUCAAGGACGCAUCUUUGAAGAAUGUAAAAAUUCCGUAACCUCUAAUAGUAAUGGGAAUGGGACAACUGGUGAAGUUCUAGCUGGUGGACCAGGAGAUCAUACAAUUACAAAGGCUACUUUCGGCUUACGACCUACAGUGGUAAUAACAUUUGAGAUUCCUCGUCGAUCGCUCUUCGGUAAAGCGAUAACUAUGACGACCAGAGUAGGAUCCAAAGGGACGAGCUAUUCAGAGAUCAAAUAUCCCAGACGGCACUAUGUCAAGCUGGAUGCAGACGGCAAGGAAAGAGGGUUUACGGAGGUAUAAAUAUUUAGAUUUUUUAUCUUUGACUUAGAUGUAGUUCUUGGACAGCAUCAUGAUGAUGAGGUACAUAGACUUAGUUUGACUUAGAUGGACAUGAGGUACAUAGACUUAGUUUGACUUAGAUGGACAUGAUGUUGAUACACGGAGGGGACAUGAUGAUACAUCACGGAGGUUUGUAUGGCUCUGGCAUUUGGUAACCUGAAUUUGAUCACAAGGAUUAUCUUCCUCUUUUCCCUUAGGUUCUGAGAACAAUGCAAGGUUAAUUUUCGUUGUGGCUCUGGCUGGUUGGAGGUAUCAUUUUGAACUUCUUCUACUUGUUUUACUUGACGAGCAGGUGAUGCCUACCGCAAAUGAAACUAACAUCAUCAACAUCUAGCUAUCAAACCUCAUCAAACGAGCAACCGACCAAUUCACAUCAGGAAUACGAAACUCGUUUUGCUCAGGAUAGUGAGCACAUGCUUCAGCCUAAAUUGACAGAGGAUCUGUGGUUCGAAAAGAGUAGCUACUGGGAUGCCAAUAGAAACAAUGCGGCAGAGGACGCCGCAGACGCAGAUGCUGCGUCCACUAGAGGUGGAGACGGGGCGGGUGGAGAAGGAGGUAGAAACUUCUAGAUUCCCGUGAGUGUAAGUGUUGUCUUCAAAAGUCAUGAGCAUUUAGACCAAUCUAGAAGCAUCUAGUCUCGCUGAUCUAUCUCCUCCUCAGGUCCCCAGCAAGGCGAUCCUCCUAUGAUAGCUCAGAUGGCCAUGCUGCCCUGUGCGUUCUACUUCAACGACCCUACAGCGAAAAUUUCUCUGGAUAUGCAAGUGAAGGAAGACGAAGGAGUCGAUGUCGAUUCGCGAACAACUAGUACACAAGAGCAGCUUCAAGUUCAAAGAACUACUACUUCCACUUCGACUUCUGCAAGUGGUGCUGCUUCUGCAAGUGGUGCUGCUUCUGCUAGUGGUGCUGCUUCUGCUAGUGGUGCUGCUCUGCCUCGUAGUGGAACUCCUGCAGCAUCUGCUUCUGUAUCUAUUUCUAUGCGUGAACAAGGAAUAACCGAACCAAAAGGGUGGGAUACGUUUCACCAGUACGACAACCCAAGCGACAAGGUAAAGGUCUUGAGGCAGCUUGAGUUUAUGCAGUCAAAUGGGUGGGGUUGCUUUGAUCCACCGACGCAAAAAACCUGGGACUAUCUCGCAGAAGAGCGAAAAUCCUAUUUUCAAUGGACUAAGUACCGUUGCCAAACUUCAUGUAUAUAA